ACGCAUGUUCAGUACUAUCGAACAUUAUCCGAAUGACAGGUGGUGCACUGCUCGCCGUAGGCCGUACGUGAAGACAGACUCCGAGUUCUACCGUGCGUGAACGUGAGAAACGAAUUUGUAGGUAAUAAGAUAAAAAUCCGACCAAUAGCAGGAGAAAAUCGUGAACUGAACUUGAGAAAAACAAUAAGGGACGAAGUGUCGAGUGAAUUCGUUUAUCAUUUGGGGAGAAUCCUGUAGUUCAUAACGAAGAAGUUUGAUCAGUUGUUGUGUGUGCCAUGCUUGCACUUGCUGUGAGCCCUUGUCUCUAGUUGUCUCCAAGGAUUUAUGAUGUUUAGACCGAGCACACUUGUUAUACCUGACCAAUCUAGCUGUGUAAGAGUGUAUGUGUGUUCGUGGAAAUUGUCAGGUGAACGUCGGGGAAAUUAUUCUUCGUGGUGUAGAAACAAAGUUGGCAGAUCUAUAUGGGGCAAUGCGUGUCUCGUAAGGCGGGGGCUGUCUACGCAGCAUCGUCGUACAGAAUCAUGGACAAGACCACCAAAAAUAAGAGCGACCAGAAGGGCUCCUCGAAGAGGGGUGCGCCGCACACGCGUGGCACCGCAAUCUCCUUCGGCUUCCGUCGUCGCUCCCGAGGUGAUGCCUACCUAGCCAACAAUGCCCCCGAGGUCUCCCCGCAGCGAUCCAAGUCGGUGGGCCCCGAGCAAGUUCGUCAUCGAAUCAUCGACGAAGAGGAUCGUCACACCCGUGUGCAGAGUGCCUCCUCAGGUCGUUCGACACCUCGACUAGCGCCUCCGAAGAAGGAGCAAGCAUCGGGCGUUGCAGUUCGCACAAAUCGUUUUGGUUUUCGUUCUCCGCAGGCCAAAUUCACGGAUAAAGUCGGUGACAUCUGCUCGGGUCACUCGGGUUCGCACUUUGGCCAGGGUCAUUACACCCAGGAGAAGGCGCGUGGGAGUUACUUCAACCCUGAAAAAACCCAUGGAAACCCGAAGGUCAGGCCUGGGCUCAGUAAUCAAGGGAAUAAUCCUCCUUAUCAUCAGACUGUUGUCCAGGAGAGCAGAGGGAGGAUGUCCAGCAUCCCCGAGCCUGUCUCCAAGUACACCCUCCACACGAGUCAUCUCCCCCAGCCCCAGUACGCAGUCAGGGUGACGGACUCCAACUCGAAGAUCGCCAAGACUGCUGCCAAUCAGAGUAGGAAGGUAUCGACUGCUUCAAAGGGGUCAGGGGGGUCCCAGUCGGGGUCGGGGACUGAGGACUCUGGGGUUGGUUCCCAGCCGGGAUACCUGGUGGACAACUGCGGGGAGUUCGAGUCCCCUGGGCGGCGGGGGAAUGCUGCCAGACCGAGAAAUCUGAGGAUGGUUGUCAGUGGGAAGAGCUUUGAUGUGAGGGAGGUGGAGGAUGGCAGCACCGUCACUGAGAUCUCCGUCAUUCCUCUGCCUAAGGGGUUCGCUGGCAACCUGGGGACCGGGAUCGUGCGAGAAAGGACUGUGCAGUAUCAGAGGGUGAUUAAUAAGGAUAAUAGAUACACAGAGUCAACGACUUCGAUGUCCACAACAUCGUCAGAGGGCUACGACGAGGGCCUGGGGGAGGAAAAGGUCUACAAAGAUCGAUCUCGCUCUGAGAAGGUUCCCUCCAUAAAAUCUGACUUCAGCCCCCCGAGUUCUGACGAUCCUGAGUAUGGCCAUGGUGAAGCGAUGGCUGACGAGUACUCUUUCAGCUCCAUCGACGAGUAUCGGACGACUCAAGUCCUCAGGGACCCCUUGACAACCAGUCAGGACGCCAUGAAGACCAUCUCCAAUGCUGCCAAGAGCGGUACCUUACCCAAAAACACUUUGAGAUCAGUUCUGCUGACUAUCGAGGACACUGCAUUUGCAGCAGCUGCUGCUACCUCCACCACUCUUAUCGACGAGACGUCGCCGGUCGACAGUCUUGUGGAGAGUCUGACUGCUUCCAUCACGCAGUCGGACAAUCAGACAUCGAAGAGGGAGAGGAUCGUUGAGAAGAGUGGAGUCAAUGAGGAUGAUUCACCUGGUACCCCGACUAAUGCCUCGAAUUCGCUGAGCUUGUCAGAGGGGAGGGAGUACUUUGAUGACGAGAUUGCUGAUCAGCCUGGACUGGUUUUCGAUGACACUAGGGGACAGGGGAAAACUGUGGGAAGCGCUGUUGUGGAAUCUUCUACCAAGACACGUAUAACGCACGGAAAGAGCGUGGAGAACAGUCCCAUAAAUUGCAGGAGAAUCAGCAGAACUGGAAGUGUGAAUACCCUCUCUCCCUGUGAAUCUAUCACAUCAGAUGAUCUCAUGCUAGAUUACGAAUGCAGCGAAGUUAGUUCUUAUGAUGAAGUUAAUAAAAGACUGGAGUCGAAUCCUGCACUGCACGAGCUGGACGACGCCACAAUAAUCUCAGAAUUGGAGGCACAGGGUGAGCAAGUGAUGAGGGAGUGGUCUUCACUCCUGGGAACAGUCGAGCAAAACUCCAACUCAAAUUUGGCUAACAACAACGUCAGUAUUAACACCAACAACAACUAUAAUCCAGCCACAACUGAGUCUGGAAUUUCAACUGCAAGAACAUCGAGGAUUCUCCGCAGUAGGGCAGGAACUGAUUCCCCUCGUUCUCAGGACAGUGUGAGGACAAAGCAAAUUGCUAGUCCAUUCAGACCAGUAUUUACCGGAAAUGGUCAAUCUCCAAGUCUGAGUCUUGACUCAGGUGACGAAGGAAGUCCCAGGCUUGAGAAGUGUAAUUAUCACCAGGAUAUUGUCUCCAUCAAGACUGGUCUCUUAAAGCUCAUGCGAGUAGUUCAGGAGUCUGGAGAGAAAGAUUUGACGAGGGCGGAAACUCUCAAUCCGUUCACCAAUCCCAUGGUGAAUGGCCUCUUCCCGAACCUGAAUGAAGACGGUACGACUGAAACGACAGGACUGUCGAAUGGUGCUCUUAAUGUUGCUGAUGAAAUGGCAGACUUGAGGAGACAAGUGAUUUUCCUUCAGGGACAGUUAGAAGAUAAGGACCGGACAAUACAGCAGCUUCAGAUGCAAGUUGCCAAACAACAAGAAAUUAUGAACAAUUCAGACUCUCCGAGCUGUUCCUCAUCGAUGAAUGGAAAUAGCACUUUAUCAAGAGAUAUUUGUAAUGCCGCAACGCAAACAGAAAAGAUUCGACCGAUAUCAGCGGGACCUUCUCUGCUCCAGUCACUCCCACAAGAAGGUGGCAUGGGGCCUCUCGUUAGUUGGAGUGACUCGUGGAGCCAUCAGAGUGCAUCACAACGUCCACCAUCGCUGGUGGAGCUCAGCAGCAGCAAGGCUCCCCGUAAAAUAACCGAACGUCCAUCAAAAAUAUUAAAACCCAAACAAGAGAUAACGAGUCGAUUGAAUGGUGACGUCAAAGUGGAGAAUACAAAAUCUUGCAUUCCAUCGUUUAAAAAAUUCCCCACCACUUUUAUACCGAGAGCCAAUGGCCGAUUGCACAAUUCGUAACGAUUGAAUUAAUUUUCGAUUAGUUCAUUGCAAUUUAAUCUGUAAAUUUUGGUAAAUUUCUUGCUUGAUUAAUUGAUUACUGAUGGAGUUGGAGAUGAUCGAUUCAUUUGUAAAUACCGAAAUUUUUUAAUUGAUUAAAUAUUCUCUUAGGGAUAUUAAUUUAGUCAAUUAAUUAAUUCACCUUGCAGUAUUAGUACUAAUUUUAUUGCUGUAAAUAUAGAUUUUUUUCUUGGUUAAUUGAGUUCUAUAGAGGGGAUAGUGAGAUUGUAGAGUUUAUAGGAAUUUUUUAUUCCUCAAAGUCUUGUGCAAUAAUAUUUUCGAUAAUCUGUUGGUUCUUUUAACAAUUAAAAUUAUGUGUAAUUGAUUUUUUUAAGUGGGAAGUUCGAACUGAUUAUUAUGCAAAUUUCUCGAACACUAGUCGAUUUAGCGGAAACUUUCAAAAAUGUUGUUUUUUUGUCAAGUUUAAAUUUCUUAAAAAAUGUAUUGACAUUUUCCUCUAAACCACUUCCUUCCGAAGAAAUUUGCAACGUAAUUUGCUUCACAACUAAACUAAUGAAUCAAUCGAAUUAGUGGCCUAAUGAAUUUUAAAACCAAUCAAUGGAAUUCAUAAAUUAUCUGUUUCUUUAUCAACUGUUAAUCGCGUCUCUCUAUGAUCUUACUAUCCAGGGAAAAAAAUUAUUUAAUUUCGUAAAACCGAAGUCAUUGGCAUUUUUUGGUGGAUGAAAAUUGUAACUAAAUGGAAUAACACAUUACGAAUGGGGUUAUAUAUCAUGAAUUCUCCUUAUUCCAUUUAACUAUAAUAAAAAACAAAAUGUUGGUUUUUGUACGAAGAAAAAAAUAAUUACGAUAGCUGAGAAUAGUGAGACUAGUGCAAUGCUUGAAAUAAUGAAAAACAAUAAAUAAAAGAAAUGACUGAGUAAGUAACAUGAGGUGAUAUGUUGACGACAUUUGUAGAUCAAUGCAUGUGAAAUGCGGAAAUGCUUCGAUACGUGAAU